AUGGGUGACUACUCGAAAGCACUUGAAUUUUACGGAAAAGAUCUCGAAAUCACGACAAAAGCUCUGCCUCCGAAUCAUCCCGAUUUGGCUACUCCCUACAACAACAUCGGUCUCGUGUAUAACAACAUGGGUGACUACUCGAAAGCACUUGAAUUUUACGAGAAAUCACUUAAAAUAAGAGAAAAAGCUCUGCCUCCGAAUCAUCCCGAUUUGGCUCAAUCCUACAACAACAUCGGUCUCGUGUAUGACAACAUGGGUGACUACUCGAAAGCACUUGAAUUUUAUGAAAAAUCACACAAAAUCCUCGAAAAAGCUCUGCCUUCGAAUCACCCUCAUUUGGCUAGUUCCUACAACAACAUCGGUCUCGUGUAUAAGAACAUGGGUGACUACUCGAAAGCACUUGAAUUUUACGAAAAAGCACAUAAAAUAAAAGAAAAAGCUCUGCCUCCGAAUCAUCCCAGUUUGGCUACUUCCUACAACAACAUCGGUACGGCGUAUUUCGGCAAAGGUGACUACUCAAAAGCACUUUCAUUUUUAGAAAAGACACUUUCUAUCUUCCAAAAAUCACUUCCACCUAACCAUCCUAAUAUUAAAACAGUCAAAAACUCAAUUGACAAUGUAGUCAAAUCAAUUGUUUGUCUUCAUAUUGAAAAGAUUGUAGGACUUGAAGAACAAUCAUUAAAUUCACAAUUAGUAUCUAAAUAUUUACCAUUAAUUUUACAAAUAUUAUUAACAACGAAAAACAAAUAA